CAGACACCUGUUUCCUCUUCUCCUCUCCUACCAUUCCAACCAUCAGCACAAGCCAAGAAAGCUCACAUGGAGCUCCACUUCCAAGCGCAGCCUCCAGUGUUCCAGGUCAAGGACUACUGCUACUACUACUACCAGCAGGAGGCCGCCGCGCAGGCCCGGCCCAAGCCGCGGGGCAGGAAGAAGGGCGCCAACAACCACAGCAAGUUCGUCGGCGUCCGGCAGCGGGCGUCGGGGCGGUGGGUGGCCGAGAUCAAGGACACCACGCGGAAGAUCCGCAUGUGGCUCGGCACCUUCGAGACCGCCGAGGCCGCGGCCAAAGCCUACGACGAGGCCGCGCGCCUCCUCCGCGGCGCCGACGCCCGCACCAACUUCGCGCCACGCAUCUCUCCGGACUGCCCGCUCGCCGUCCGCAUCCGCGGCCUCCUCCACCUCAAGAAGCUCAAGAAGGCCAAGUCCGCCGCAGCGAGCUCCUCGUCGAAGCAGAAGGCUUCGAGCUCCCCUGCUCCCACCACAAGCAAUAGCAAUAGUAAUAGCACGAAUAGUGCUUGUGGUGGCUCAAGUAGCAGCAGCAGCGCGGUCAGCUUCGACGACGCCAUGAAGCAGUUCGUCGGCGCAGAGGACGUCGGUGAGGUGUACCGGCCGGAGUUGGCCCCCGUGGGCGCCAAGGAGUUCGAUUCUUGGGUGUUCGACUCGGCGUUCGGCCAGUUCCCGGCGCUGGACGGCUUCGCGGCCGCCGUGGACAGCGCCGUCCAAGCUGCACCAGCGGAGGAGCCGAGCGCCGCCGCGGCGCCGGGCGAGAUGGCGGAGUUCGAGCGGAUCAAGGUGGAGCGUCGGAUCUCGGCGUCCCUGUACGCCAUGAACGGCCUGCAGGAGUACUUCGACAGGGUGUUCGACGCGUCCGCCUGCGACUCGCUCUGGGAUCUCUCGCCGCUCUGCCAUUAGCUAGCUUCGCCUGAAUUGUUCGUGCGUCCUUCUUGCUCUUUGCGCCUCCUGGGUGAUGUCCAUUGUUUGCCGGGGAAGAAAGAAGUAGUAUCAGGUGUCAGUGCGUGUGCGGUGUAAAGAGGAAGAGGAUCCUACUCGUUGUAGUCA